AUGCCUGCUGCAGACAGAAGAGAUACACAGGAGAAGGGAUAUUUGAACCACAUGGCUGACAAGGAGCACCAACCCCUCCCUGGGAGAAGCUACCAUGCUGGAACACUGCCCCGAGCUGAGAAGAAGCUGCACGAGGCUGUGUGCGUGCUACUGGUGGAGCUGUGCGAGCGCUUCACCUUCUUCGGCAUCGUCUGCAACAUGAUCCUGUUCUGCACGGCCAAGCUGGGCUACCGCAGCUACCAGGCUGCCAUGGUUAACAUGUGCUUCGUGGGCACCUCCACGCUGACACCAGUGCUGCUGGGCUGGCUGGCUGAGCACCUCGUGGGCAGGACCAGGCUGGUGUGCAUCUGCAUGUUCCUGCACUUCCUAGGCACAGCACUGUUACCUGUGGUGUCCUUCCCCUUUGAAGACGUUUACAUCGACAGACGACACAUCCUUCUCACCCUGCCCAAAAAGGAGCAGAAAAUCUUGUUCUACUUUGCACUCCUCACAGCCAGCCUGGGAAUAGGAGGAAUAAGAGCUAUUGUGUGUCCACUGAGUGCCUACAGCCUCGAGGGCUGUGCACCAAAGGAGCUGCUUUCAUUUUUCAACCGGUUUCACUGGCUGGUUAACUUGAAUUCAGCAGUGGUCUUUGUCAGCAUUUCUUACAUCCAGCAGUCCGUGGCCAGGAACCUUGGCUUUCUCAUCCCAUUUGUGUCUGGGCUUAUGGCUAUGAUCACAGUUCACAUGGUGCGGGGUGAAAUGAUUUACAAACCCAAAACAGACAGCUCCCUGCUGACGAGUUUUGGGGUGAUUCUCAGUGCUCUGAGGACAUGCUGUGUGCGAUCUCGCUAUUUCAGCAUGGCCACGAGCAGCUGGCUGGACCUGGCCAAGGAGAACCACGGGGGCCAGUACACUGAGACUCAGGUGGAAGGCACAAAGUCACUGGCCAGACUCUUUCCCUUGUUCACCUUCCAGAUCCUCUACAGGAUGUGUGUUAUGCAGAUUCCUUCAGGAUAUUAUCUCCAAACCAUGAAUUCCAACUUGCACUUCAGUGGAUUUUUCUUACCAGUUGCAGCAAUGAACGUGAUAAGCAUCGUACCACUACUGAUUCUUGUUCCUAUUUUGGAGUGCAUUAACUCCUGGCUCUUUAGCUCCAAGGACACUGGACAUUCUCCAACAAUUUACAUUGUUGUAGGUCACUUGUGUGCUGCACUCUCUGUGAUGGUGGCUGGCUUCUCUGAAAUCCACAGAAAGCACUUCCCUCAGGUGGAGCAGACCCUCUCCAAAGAGGUUCUCCUGGUGUCCUCCAUGCCCUGCUUCCACCUGGCUCCUCAGUACAUCCUGCUUGGAGUGGCUGAAGCCUUGGUAACUCCCUCCUGUUCCUUACUUUGCUUCUGGCUUGUGCCUGAAAGAAUGAGAGGGAUUUCCAUGCAUUUUUUAGCUCUCUUUAAUGGAGCUGGCUGCUUUAUGGGAGCUCUCUUUGUUCAGACAGCCCACGCUGGCACUCAAGGCAGCUGGUUCCCACACUUGCUGCAUGAAGGUAAAUUGGAGAGAUUCUUCUUCUUCUUGGCUUCCUUAAUGAUGGUGAACACCCUGGGGUUCUGGAGCAUUGCACACAGAUACAACAAUCUGCAUGAGAAUUGCACCGAUGAGUUCAGAGGAAGUUUUCCUGGAGAAAAACUUCUGAAGCAUGAAACAGCCAUCAAGCAUUAUAAUGCUGUCCUGGAAAGUUCUCCCAUUUUGUCUCCUGUGGAGAAAACCUGAUAAAAUUUCACUGUCAUUUGACUAAAUUUUGAUUUUGUUAUCCACCAGCUCUCUAAUGAUAAAUUACCCAGCACACUUAAGUGGAACUAUGUCCCGGUAUUUAUGAAUUAUCUGGUGAAUAAUAAUGUUGUUUAUGAGUUAACAAAACAGCAUUCUUCAUCGGAUUUGGCCUUGAAGGAGGCUGCA